AGAAGUUGGAGGUUGCACCACCAUCUCCAGGACAACUGAAACAUGUGUUCUUCCACAAUGCAUUACCUUUUGUAGGGUUUGGAUUUCUGGAUAACGCAAUUAUGAUUGCUGCGGGAACCCAGAUAGAAUUGUCAAUUGGAGUUGUCCUAGGAAUUUCAACUAUGGCAGCUGCUGCUUUGGGAAACCUUGUUUCAGAUUUAGCUGGACUGGGUCUUGCAGGUUAUGUAGAAGCUUUAGCUUCACGGCUGGGUCUGUCAAUCCCUGAUCUGACGCCCAAACAAGCUGAUAUGUGGCAAACGCGUCUCAGUGCACACUUGGGUAAAGCUAUUGGAGUGACCAUUGGCUGCAUUUUAGGAAUGUUUCCUUUGUUGUUCUUUGGCGAUGAGGAAGAAAAACUGGAAGAAAAAAAUUAACCUUUUUACAAGACAUAUACAAAUGUAAACUACUGUACCUCAAUUAUUCAAUUAUGCUGUCAAUAUUUAGGAAUUAACAGACAGUAAAAAAAUGUAUAGACUUGGGAACAAAACCUUCAGCAUGUCAUUUUAUGGAAACACUAAUUUAUUGUGGCUUUGUUGUGUUCAGUACUUCUUUUUAUAAGAUAUCAUCUAACUUUUUAUUUAAUUGUAAAUUUUUGAAGUGUUUUCACUUAUGGCAACUGAUGUUUACCACUUUCCCCUUUGACCUUAUUCUUUAAUGGAUUAUUAAAGUAAUAAUCCGCCAUGGAUGACAGUAUCACUCUUGAGUUGCAUAUUGUUUGGAUAACAGUUGUAAUUGCAUGACAAAAAUUUCAUUGCUGUUCAUCAGGUCCUUAAAUGCAGAUUAUUAAGGAGGUCAGCGAUGAGUGAUUUGAAGUCUCUCACUUUGCAGGAUGACUGGUUGCCCCCCUCACCAGCCAUCGUUUUGCACUGCCUUUAGAUUAGGUAUUUCAGCGAUCUACAACAGUCUAGUUUGCGUGUUUGUUUUUCCACAAUUCUAAGUGUCUCUGAAUUGUCUUGAGAUGAUCAUUUUAAUACUUUGACAAGGUAAGUGUUUCCAG